CAGCGGAGCGCUCGCCGGGCCGGGGUCGCACCGGGGCCGCUCCGGGGCCGCCGCCGCUUCAGCGCCGCCGCCGCCAUGGGCUCCGUGCAGCAGCGCCUGGAGCGCUUCCUCUACAGCCCCGGCCCCAUCGGCGACCUGCUGGCUCGGCUGGAAGCCCGUACCGGCGUCCAACGGCUUUACCUGGCCACAGGCUCCCUGGCUUUCCUGGGGCUGUACCUCAUGUUCGGCUACGGCGCUUCCCUGCUCUGCAAUGUCAUCGGCUUCGUCUACCCCGCCUACCUCUCCAUCAAAGCCAUCGAGAGCAACAGCAAGGAGGAUGACACCAUGUGGCUCACCUACUGGGUGGUCUACGGCGUCUUCAGCAUCGCCGAGUUCUUCUCCGACCUCUUCCUCUACUGGUUCCCCUUCUACUACGCCGGGAAGUGCCUGUUCCUGGUGUGGUGCAUGGCCCCAGUGCCCUGGAACGGCUCCCAGCUCAUCUACCACAGCAUCAUCCGGCCCUUCUUCCUCAAGCACCACCGCGCCGUGGACAACAUGAUGGGUGACAUCGGCACCAAGGCUCUGGACGCCGCCUCCAGCGUCACCCGAGAAGGCAUCAAAGCACCCCUGAACCUGACAGAGUUAGUGCAGAAGGCGAAGUGAGAGGGGCACCGGGGCCAUUGGUACCGGCACUACAGCGCCGGUACGGGCAUCAGUACCGGCACCAGCGGCCCCAGUACCGGCACCGUGCUCCCAGUACUGGUACCGGCAUCCUCCGUUCUGGCACCGAAGUUCCCCGGUACCGGCACCGUGCUCCCGGUAUUGGUACCGGCAUCCUCCGUUCUGGCACCGAAGUUCCCCAUACAGAUGCCGGUACCGGCACCAUACUCCCGGUAUUGGUACCGGCAUCCUCCGUUCUGGCACCGAAGUUCCCCGGUACCGACACCGUGCUCCCUGUACUGGUACCGGCAUCCUCCAUUCUGGCACCGAAGUCCCCCCUACCGGCACUACAGACGCCGGUACCGGCACCAUGCUCCCGGUACUGGUACCGUCAUCCUCCGUUCCGGCACCGAAGUUCCCCGGUACGGGUACCGGCAGCAUGGCCCUGUUACCGGUACCGGCCAGCCCGGGAUCCCGAAUUUCUCCAGUCCGAGUCCGUUGUCCCCCAGCCCCCCAAUAAACCCCGGUGCCCACCGA